AUGGAUGCCCCACGAAUGCACCUGAAAAAGCUGAAGAAGAGGCGCUCGAGCCUGUUCGCCAGCGUGAAACUCAACACGAGCUUCUCUAUGAGUGCAGAGGAGGAAGUAAGUGCCUUUCCCUUUGCUCAGGAGAGCUCUGUCAAAGCAUGGACGUCUAUGGAUAAUCUGGACAGUCCUGCAACAAAACCAGAGAAACCGAAGUCCAAAGACUCAGGGAAGAAACCGGCUGAAAAAGCUCCAAAGCAACCUGUUAGACAAUCAUACACAAUCAAUGUCAAUGUUGGGGGAAAGAAAUUUAACAUUCCAAAGCAUCUUGCUAUGCGAUACCCCAAAAGCAGAAUUGGUGCCUUAGCUUUGUGUACAGACCCAGUGAAGCAGUUAACUUUUUGUGAUGAUUACUCUGUGGCCAGGAAUGAGUUCUUUUUCGACCGGGACCCCACUUUCUUCCAUUACAUUUUCCACUUCUACUGCAGCAGUUGUCUGUGGGUUAUGGAGAGUUUAUGUCCCAUAAACUUUGAGGAAGAGAUGGAGUUUUGGGGCUUGCGCUUGAAAGACUGCCCGCGCUGCUGCCGCAUCCUGUACGAAGAAAAAGUGGAUGACAUUCGUGAACAGUUAAAAGUCAACAAAGAGCUAAUGGCAGAAAUCCAAGCGCCACAUCACGAAGAGGAGAACUUUGAUGACAUGUGCUGUGGCUUCAUCAGAAAGAUACUGUGGGACCUGAUGGAGAACCCCUACUCCUCUUUGUCAGCCAAAGCUUUCGCUGUGUUCUCAAGUCUCUUAGUUAUCACCUCUAUCGGAGCGAUGACCCUCAACACUGUUGGUGAACUCAAAAAACACAAAGUCUAUGGCAGGACCUAUAUGGAGCAUGUGGAGGUCGUGUCCAUUGUCUUCUUCACCUUUGAGUACUUCCUUCGCCUGUUUACCACCCCUAACAUCAAACAGUUUGUAAAGAGUGCCCUUAACUUUGUGGACCUCGUGGCAGUCAUGCCUUACUUCCUUCAGCUGGUGUUCGAGGCUUUUGCGAACCCCGAGGACCUCAACCGCCAGGACGACCUCAAGACCAUGGCCAGAGUCAGCAAAGUCAGCAAGGUGCUGAAGGUGGUCAAGCUCAUGCGCAUCUUCCGCAUCCUGAAACUGGCAAGGCACUCCACGGGCAUGCGGGCGUUUGGGUUCACCAUCCGCCAGUGUUUUGAGCAGUGCUGCUGCCUCUUCCUGUUUAUCGCCAUGGGUAUCUUCACGUUCUCCGCCCUGAUGCACUCUGUGGAGACUGAUGUGGUGGGCACGCCCUUCAGCAGUAUACCUGAUGCAUGGUGGUGGGCUGCGGUCAGUAUAUCCACUGUGGGGUAUGGAGAUGUGGUGCCCAUCUCCUACUUGGGGCGGAUAGUGGCAUUUGGCUGCAUCUCCUUUGGCAUCAUAUUGAAUGGCAUGCCCAUCUCCAUUCUCUUCAACAAGUUCUCAGACUACUAUGCCAAGCUGAAAGCGCAGGAGUGCACCUAUGUCAAUGUGCAGCGUGGCCUGCAGCUGAAGGCUCGCCUACGUCGCCGGUUUCACAACUGCUGUGAGCCUCCCGGGGACGAAUCAGAUGAGGAUGCCACACGCAAUGCUGCAAACCAUGAGCACUGA